CAGAGAUUAAAAAUAACAUACAUAUAACUUUCUACUGUAGGUUGUUAUACCAUUUCCGUUGACAUCUUAUUCAGAUAGCAUGUUUCUAAGACAAAGACGAACUAAUAUCCCCUAAGAAACAAUAAAUCAAUGAUCUCCAUUCUUUGUAGCCUACCACUCCAGCAGGCUGGCGCGAGCAGCAGGAGAAGGUGCUUGGUGUUGUGAAGCCCCACGUGUGUUCUGCACGAGUAUAAAUAACACGCGCAAGUAAACAGCCGACAGAAUUUCAGCCCUUUAGACACGUAAAUGCUCAUGUUCAGCGGUUUCCUGCAUCAGCACUUCGUGGCAGUGAGUUUUAAUUCGUGGGAGAAAUGACAUGAUGAUAGAACGAUACAUGUUUGGAUGACCUCAUCGGAAGCGCUGAAAAUGACAAUCUCUCCAGUUUAUCCAGUUUCACUUCAGACAGCUGAUAGCCGCAUGCCAUAAAGCGACUCUUCGAGGACGAAUGCCUUAAAUAUUUUUGUCAUCAUUUUUCAUUAUGGACUGUCUAUCACGCAGUGCGUACUGGCCUCUUAUUCGCUUUCUGCUGCCGCUAGCCAUUACAAAUAUAGCCAUCGACUUCGGAGAACAGGCUCUAAACAGGGGCAUAGCUUCUGUGAAAGAGGACAGGGUUGAGAUGUUGGCAAGCUAUGGUCUGGCAUACUCGCUCAUGAAGUUCUUUACUGGACCCAUGAGCGACUUCAAAAAUGUGGGACUCGUGUUUGUCAACAGUAAGAAGGAGAGAACCAAGGCAGUCCUCUGUAUAGUUGUGGCUGGGGUCAUUGCCAUCAUCCUCCACAUCCUAAUAGCUUAUACAGAUCUGGGCUACUACAUCAUAAAUAAGCUCCACCAUGUUGAUGAUUCAGUGGGAAGCAAGACAAGAAAGGCAUUCCUGUACCUCGCAGUAUUUCCAUUAUUAGAUGCAAUGGCUUGGAUUCAUGCUGGCAUCCUCCUCAAGCACAAGUACAGCCUGCUAGUGGGAUCUGCCUCUAUCUCUGAUGUUGUUGUACAGAUAAUAUUUGUGGCGAUUCUUCUCCAGAGUAACCUGGAAUGUUUAGAGCCUCUUCUCAUUCCAAUUCUCUCUCUGUACAUGGGAGCUCUGGUGCGGUUCACUAUCGUAGGACUGGGCUACUACUGCAACGUCCACAACAAUAUUCCGGAGUCAAGCAGCAUCGAACAGGGGGGCGACACCACUGUAAGGAAGAUGCUAAGUUUCUGGUGGCCACUUGCCCUUAUUUUGGCCACUCAGCGCAUCAGCAGGCCCAUUGUCAAUCUGUUUGUCUCUCGGGACCUCGACAGCAGCGCUGCAUCAACCGAAGCGGUAGCAGUACUCACAGCAACAUAUCCGGUUGGUCACAUGCCCUACGGCUGGUUAACAGAACUACGUGCCGUCUAUCCAGCAUUCGAUAAGAAUAACCCUACUAAUAAGUUAGCCAGUGGUCUGACAGUCACCAAAUCACAUAUCAAGAGGUUCACCCUUUGCUGUUUUCUCCUCUCCUUAACGAUGUGUUUCCUUGUAUUCUGGACACCUCAUGUUUCUGAACGCAUUCUGGUAGAUGUCAUUGGGGUGGAUUUGGCCUUCGCACAGCUCUGCAUCAUUCCUCUGCGAGUCUUUUCCUUCUUCCCUGUGCCUGUUACGGUUCGAGCUCAUCUGACAGGAUGGUUAAUGACGUUAAAGAGAACUUGCGUGCUGGCACCUAGUUCAGUUCUGCGCAUUGCUGUGCUCAUCACCAGCCUUCUGGUUCUGCCUUACAUGGGAGUGCAUGGUGCCACAUUGGGAGUGGGGUCUUUAUUAGCAGGAUUCAUGGGGGAGUCCACCAUGGUUGCAGUGGGUGCCUGUUACGUAUACCGAAAACAGAAGAAAUCCCCAAAGGCAGAAAUGGUUGUGGAGGACAACUCUUCCCCGAUGAAUGAAGUCACCUCCAGGACGGAGUUAGAUGUCCCUGAAGAGGCUGAGAAUGAGCUGGUGGAAACAGAAGAUGAAUGAAUCAAGGCAUGGGAAGAAAAACAGAGGUGGAAGAUACGUUUUCCUUUCAUUUGCAGAUGAAGUGCAGUAUGACGUCUUGGAUUUUUGACAUCAAGAAGCAACUAGUACUUUAUCAUUAGAAUAUUUGUUUUCUUUUCUUUUUUACAUUUCUACAAUCUCUCCAUUACCCCAGUGGAAUUGGCAACUUGAUUGAUGUUUGUAUGGGGCAGAAUAAGCAGAUUUGCAUGUCUACAUCAACUGCACUCCUGCACUUUUUUGCACUGAGGCAUAUUUACACAGAUGUCUUCCAAAGCUCCUGUUCUGCAGCCUGUGAAUAUUUUGCCCGAAAUAGAUCAUUACAAUCAGAAAACAAAUCCUUGCUGAAAGACUGCAACAAGAACACGCUUGAAAAGGUGUUUAUUAUCUGAACUUUGACCCUGAGACAUAACGUCCAUUUCCUCUUGCCUUGAGACGCACAAAUAGUUACACUUUGAGUGUAUUAUAACUUGCUCAAGAGGAAUUUAUUUUAAUGACUUGGGGCACAUACCAGAUAUAUUUGACUGUGUAAGCUGAUUUAUUUUUGUAUUCACUGCACAAAUUCAGGUUUUGUAUACUUUGCAAAUGUCACUAUGGAGAUAUUUAGGUCGGAAGAUCAUACAAAAGAAUAUUUAUUUGAGCUUUUGUGAAAGCAUGAACAGAUCAUUUCUGAUCAGAUCUUAUUUUCCAGAAAUUUACUGUAAGUUUCACUUUCAAUAUCUGUUUUGUCAAAGUAUUCAUUGGAAUGCAGUUUUUAGGUACUAUUUUACUUUAGGGGCUUGUGUUACUAAGUGCUUGUGGUCUAACUGAAUAACCGCUCAUAUGUCAGCACAUACAAAUAAACUAAGCACUUAUGAACACAUUAUGGUUAUUAAACAAAUGUUGUGCUAAAGGUUUUUUUUUUUCUCUUCUUUUUGCAUUUCUCAUGUUUUGUGCAUAUUAAAGUCAGAAUCUUGAUAGAAUUGUCAUAGAACAGAAUAUUUUAUUCACAUUUCCUAAAAUGGUCAUAAAAAUGAGUAUUUUACAUAACCAAUACUGUAUAACUUUCUUUGUUUGGCAAUAAAGUUAUUCAGCAUUAAUCUGUCAUAUAUACAAAAAUUCAGAUGAGCAGGAAAAAAAAAACAUCAAAAUAAAAAGUGCAAGUAGUUCAUUCACUCCACAAUGAGCCAAAUAUUAAGCUUUGUUGCAAACUCUUUUUGGCAUCUAUAUCACCAGCUGUCUACUAACAUGAUUUAU